AUGGCCGAGACCACCCAGUACGCCCAAGAACUCCUCUCCACCUUCUCCCUCUCCCUCGGCGAGGUCGCCCUGCAGCCCGCCACAGGCGGCGUCUUUGUCGUCGAGAUCACCACCACCACCGCCACCACCACCCCGGAGCCAGAGGGCACCACCGCGGCAGCGUCCACGUCAACGUCGGCGCCUGCCGCCCACCGGACAAAGGCCGUGCUGUGGGACCGCAAGAUCGACGGGGGCUUCCCCGAGGUCAAGGAGCUCAAGCGGCGGGUGAGGGAUGUCAUACAGCCGGACAGGGAUCUGGGGCAUGUGGAUCGGGAUUAUGGGCGGCAGGGGAAGGGUGGGGAUGGGGACGUGAAGGCGAGGACGGAAGGGGGAGGGGAGGCGUCGGGGGUGAAGAAGGGGGAGGGCGCGGGUGAGGCGGGUGGGGAGGCGGUGAAGGGGAAGGUUUGUGGUGUUGAGGGAGGUGAAAAGUGUGAGGAUUGCCAAUGA